CUUCAUCAGGCAACAGAAACGCAACUCCGUGAAGAACAACGAGGACACGGGUCGUCAAGUAAACACACUAGAACAAGAACUUCUAGGAGAAGACUGCCGCGGAGAAGUAGGAGAGGUGCCUCUGGUAAAACUGGCGCGCGAAAUUAUUAUAGAACAGGUGGAAGUCAUCUUUCAUCAGAACAAACCCAAACGUUUGAGUCUACAAGAAA